GCCGAUCUGUACGAGCAUCAACGCGCCAUCGAUCCGCGUCUUCUAUCUUCAGCGUUGUGAUCCGUGUAGAAACAACAUACGCACACCCAAAUCGACACACUAAAAGCACCCAGACCUUAUGCGCACCGCGUGCGCACAUUACCACACCGGGUAGAGCUCGCCAUACAUACCGCCCAUCAUGUCGUGGGGAUUUCAGAACGUAGGACCUCAGGCGAACGCUUUGCAGGAGGCCCCAGAGAUCUUCCAGGACUCCCUCGGCUUCAAGGACAUUGGGAAAGCAAAAGUGCGCCUGUCGCAGCCCUGGCCAGCAGACAACCCGCCUCCGCCCUACUCUUCUCUUCUAUCGAUUGCCUCUGCCAAAGGGCUCAUUGCUGCUGCCACCUCCGAAUCUGUCAUACUGGUGUCAGCCGAAGUCGUGCGCAAGACAUACAACGAAGACGACAAUGCAACCGACGACAAGCCCAAGGACAUCACCCCUCAGCUCUCCCUCUCUGUGCCACGAGUGUCACACGUCACCUUCUCAGCCGAUGAGAGCUGUUUGGUCAUUGCUGCUCAGCAGGGAGGAGGUCUCGCAGUCUACGACGUGCAGGCACUUAUGCAAGGAAACAAAGAGUCGGCUUUUCAAUUGCCUACAGAGGGCAUCUCCAUUCGCGCGCUUGCACCCAAUCCGAGUCCCGAAAAUGCUCACCUCUUUGCUGUUGUCCUCACUGACGGCAAGUUGAUGAUCGCCGACUUGAAGCAGCGCUCUUGGACCACCACCGCCAAUGGGCCGAUCUUCCGGGAGGAGGUCAGAUGCGUCUCUUGGAGUGUCAAGGGCAAGCAGCUUGUUGCUGGUCUGGCCAGCGGAUCAGCUGAGCAAUUCGACCCUCAAGGCAAUGUCAAGGCUCAGAUUCCAGCACCGCCUCAGCUCGAGCAAGCAGCUCCCAUGACAAACAUUGUCUGGAUUGCAAACGACGAUUUCUUGGUUAUUCAUACUCCCCACUCCAACGAAGAGGCAGUCGAGUCAUCCUACCACUUGGUGCAUAGAGACAAAUCGUCUGGCUCAUUCACAUCGCAAAAACUUGCUGGAGAUCCAUCUCUACCGGGUUUCGAUACCAAGCGUUUCCCUUCACAAUUCCUGGUGUCAAGACUGAGAAAGUUCCCACCGAACCUAGAAGAUGUCUUGAUCCUGUGUUCUUCUGCUGGUAACGAGGCUGGACUCAUCACCAAUACUUCAAAAGCGCUAGCGAACGAUGCACCAGUCAACACUUAUCUUGUAACCAACAUGGAGAAGGACUCGGCUCGUGCGAUAUUGCCUAUGAGUUCCGCAGACGGCAUGUCUGACACGGCAGCUGUUGGAAUGGACCUCGAUCUUUCAUCAAAGGAAAUAGUCAUGCAACCUAUCCCUGGCGACGAUCAAAUUCGUGAGUCACAGGGGCCCAUGCCGGCGCUCAUGAUCUUGAAUAAUGAGGGCAUUCUUUGCACCUGGUGGUUCGUAUACAACGAUGCAAUUCGCCAAGGAGUCUCCUACCCUGGUCUCACUUCGAGCGCUUCCGCUCCUCCUAAUGCCGCACAGCCCGCAUCUACUGCCUCGACUCAAAGUAUGCCUGCUGCUUCAGGUUUCGCAGCAUUCGGCAAAACUUCUCUCGGACAACCAGCUACGCCUGCCUUCCCAAAACCUUCUGCACCUGUCUGGGGACAAGCUUCCACGCCUGCAUCUGCGAAACCGGCCUUCGGUCAAGUCUCCUUUGGACAACCAGCCGCCGGAAAGACAACGUUUGGCUCACCUAGUGUGCCUGGUAUUGGAACACCGAGCACUCUUGGAAGCAAACCAUCAGUUUGGGGCGCGCCUGCUGCUCAACCCACAAUCGCGACUCCUCCAAACGGUCAAGUAUUUGGCUCCGCGUUGGGCGGUGCGAGUGGCAAUGCAACCUUUGGAACAUCUAGUGGACUCGGAAACAAAGCUCCCGUAUGGGCGUCUUCCCCGGCAGGUUCACAGUCUCCUUUUGGCAAGUCUUCAGGUCUCGGUGAGACUCCCGGUUCUGGGUUUGCAAAGUUCAACGCCCCUGCCAAAGAUGAGAACAAGCCAUCUGUUUCUCCUUUCGCAACGAUCGCGGGCAAGCCAUCAGUUUCUCCUUUUGCAGCGAUCGGAAACAAAGACCAAAACAAGCCACCAAGCCCGUCUGCAUUUGCUGCAUGGACACCCUCAUCUGUCGCAGCCAUUAAGCCGUCGCCCCUGUCUUUUGGCUUCGGUAAGCCCAGUGCAGUAGCUGCUACUCCUGAGAAACCAACAGAGGAGUCAAAGGAGGAAGCCAUGGAUGACGAAAUCGAGGAGAAGACCCAGGAAGAGCCCGUCAAGGACAAGUCCUCCCCUAUCGUUGAAGCAGCCAAGGCGCCACCAACCAUGUUUGGACUAUCCAUUGAAAAGACGCAAUCGUCAAUUCUUGGACAAACACCUGACAAAACAAAGACUUCAUCACUACUUGGAAAGAUCCCGGAUAAGCCUCAAACGUCCAGCCUCUUUGGACAAUCUACUGAUAGUUCAAAAUCGCCUUUAUCGGUAUUCGGGCAACCCACCAAGCAGACAGGGUUCCAAUUUGGUAAGCCCUCUGGAAAACCUGCUUCCCCACUCAGGGAAUCCUCAUCGGACAAGCCAUCGAAGCUGCCCACAUUCGGGGGUUUCAAGCUCAAUUCCACUUUUCAGGGGGACGGCAGCGCAAAGGACGAUUUGCCCGCGCCCAAGCAAGGCGGAGGAUCUUUAUUCGGACCCAGCUUCAGCAACAUGCUCGGUGAGGCUAGCAAACAGACAAAGUUGCCUACACCUAUCAAAAAAGAGCCUGAGACCGAGGCGCCGAAGAUGGAUGCCAUUCCUUCCAAGAAGACCGAUGAACCUGCUGUCGAAGCCGAGGAGGCUCCUUUACCUCCCGACUUUACAUCUUCCAAGCCCAAGCAAUCGGUAGAAGAAGACCUUCCUCCCAUUGCAGGAAGCCCUCCCGUCGACCUUGGCGAUGAAGCCUCACAAUUACCUGCAAGUGAUGACGAAGAGGACGAGGACGAGGACGGCUCUUGGGUUCAGGACUCUGGUGAAGAAUCCGAGGGCGAAGAAGAGGGAGAAGACGAGGGAGAAGACGAGGAAGAGUACGAGGAAGAAGACGAAGACGAAGACGAAGACGAUGAGGACGAGGAAGAUGAGGACGAGAGCGAGACCGAAGGACCAGAGAACACUUUCAACACCGAGAAGGCCUCGAAAACCGCAUUUGGAUCUCGUCUCAGCUUCCCUUCCCUCUCUCAUUCGACAGGCAAUGCUGGCAAGUUACUACCACCAGUAUCUCCAGUCGCCUCUACCACUCCGGCUGGCUUGCCCAAAGCUCCAUUCUUCGCGCCUCCAUCCAAAUCGCAAGAAUCGCCACGCUCACCAUCGCCUGUCAGGCAAUCAUCGAGCACUCCUGCAGGUCUUCCUGCAUCAAAACAACAUUCGCAGCCAAUCACUGUACCCUCGUUGAAAGGUCAUUCUCGCAAGGAUUCUAGACCAUCAACCGCAAAGCGACCUGAAUCACCUCAGGCUUCCGAAGCUGGAGAGCUAAGCGAUGACGAAGAUGUACGCGUUCGCGAGAUACUCGCGUCCGAAAUCGAGCCAUCUAUGGACCUCGAGCCGUUUGUAGCUCACCAAGAUUACGCUGGUCGAGUCAACAAGCUCGGUAUCGCAGGCCAGAUUGAGAAGGUCUUCCGUGACAUCAACAGUAUGAUCGACACACUCGGUCUGAAUGCCCGCACACUCGAGUCGUUUGUCAAGGGUCACGAGACUCAAUACAAACAAGCUGGUCGUGACCGUAGUGAUCUUGAAGAGGCUGACGAAUGGUGUCUUGUCGAGAUCGAUGAGCUUGCCGUGGUGCAAAGGAGCAUUGGUGACGAUCUCGAAGCCGGAAGAGUCGACGGUGUCCCAGAGAAGCUCGAGGAACUGGCCGAGCUACAGAAAGAGGCCACAAAACUCCGCACCAGAACUGUUGAUAUGAGGAAGCAAAUCGGCGCUCGUGCUGACCCUCAGCAACGCGCAACGCACCGUGCCUCGGCGCUUAGCAACGAUGCUCAGAUGCAGCAAAACGAGCUUAGAGAGGGCGUGACUAAGGUGCAAAAGUUGCUCCAGGAUGCCGAAGAGGCUUUGAGUGUUCUUCGCGCCGAUCUCGCUGCUGCACCUUCGCAAGGACCCGCAGCUCAGCGUGUCCCUACUGUCGAGGCUGUCACCAACACGAUCAUGAAGAUGACUGCCAUGAUUGAGCAGAAGUCUGGUGACGUUGACGUACUCGAAGCACAGAUCCGCCGCUUACCUGGUGGUCUUGCCAACUUGAAUAUCUCCGAUAGCAGCGAAGACCUGCUUCGCAGCAGCGUGCGCAGUGUUCGUCCUCUCGAGCGAUCAAUCAGUGGCAAUUUCUUCGGUACACCACCUGCAACACGUGGCAAGAACGCUGCUUUGAAUGGCAGUACUCCUCUGGGAAUCUCGGGCAUGCUCGGUAGAUUCGGCGGUUCGUUGCGCAGAGACAAUGGUGAUGCCGAAUUUGGGCGCAGCAGCCUGCUUCUCGACAGUACACCUCGCAGAAAGAUGGCUGAUGUGAGCAUUGAGGAGGUUAGAAGAUAUCAAGACAGAGCCGCACAGCGCAAGAGGGUACUUGCGGCAUUGAAGCAGACCGUUGAGAAGAAGGGUACCAGGGUCACUAGUUUGGACAAGAAUUAAGCCUGGAAAUUCGCAGGAGAGGUGUGUGCAAUGGAGCAUGGAAUAGGUUUAUUGGUUUCCUAGGCAAAGAUUGCGACUCAGCGAAAAGGCGUCUUUCAUUCUUGGUACACGAAGAGUUGUGUAUACGGUCGAUACAAUCAUGAAUAAGCAAAAUUAGUUAGCACGAAUUGAUCUCACAUUCGUCAUGAACC